UUCUGGAGCUCAUCUUGGAUUGGCAUGAAGCAUGAAGCAAUUUGAAAACAGGACUUCACAUCUAUCAGUCUGACAUAGACACGCAAUAGAAGCUUUCCUGGAUGGAUAUCUCAGACAAUAUGUGAUGGCUAGUUUCAAGUUAUACACUUCAUGGAGGCUUGCUUCAUGAACACAUGCACAAAAAUAAAUCUUCAUCAAAAAAUUAUUUUUGUUGUUAUCAAAAGCAUGUUUGUUUAAAGUUCAUCAUUCCAUCAAUAUGAUUGUCUUCAUACUGUUGUAUUUACUGCCCCUGCCAUUCUCCCGGGCCCAACUACCCAAUUUCUCACCUUACUUCUUAUUCUGUAACUAUCAUGGAGAUUCACAUGACUAUGGAAUAGACGAUGGCGAGGUGGUGCUUAGCGUACAGAUUGAGGGUGACCCACAAAGCUAUGUUCCUGGAAGAAUUUAUAACAUUAGCAUAUCAUCAAGUGAAACUUUUGACAAGUUUGUAAUGACUGCACUAUACACCACACCAAUCCGAGGUCAAGCUCUGGGCACUGGUGGCCAUAAUCUGAUGUGUAAUACCAUUCCUGGAAACCGCAGACCUGUUAGAUCUCUUAUGAUCAAGUGGGAGGCACCGCCUUCUGGAUCAGGAUGUGUCAAUUUCUUGGCUUCUGGGACUCUUGGCCAGCAGUUGUUAUUCAAGGACACAUCUGUUAUGUUAUUUUGUGAAGAAGGAACCCUACAGGUAGAGAAUGUUCAACCUAAACUAGCAGAAGUAAAUUCUGGAUCUUUUGUGUUUAGAGAGGAUUUUGAUUCAGAAGAUGGCUUUCAAUCUGACUUAUGGUCCCAGACAGAUGGAGGCUCUAUCAGUGAUGAUUGUGGAAGUGUGGUUCAAGGGAAGGCAGCAGUACUAUGUGAUCCCUUUGAACCUAGAAAUAUGGUAACAGUACCCCUAAAUUUGACGACUGCCCAUGUCUUGCAAUUUUCUCUUGGAGGAGGGAAAUGUCGCUCAAGUAACAAAACUGACCAGGAUAUUGUGAUAGCCUAUGGAACUGAAGAUUGCACAAAGUGGCAGGAAAUAGAAAGAAUAAAAGCUCCAGAAAGUAAAAAGUCACAAACAUACAUCGUGAGUUUACCAGCUGCAUCUCGACUUGAAAGUGUCUGCAUUCAGUUUUAUCAGCCUUCACUCAGAUUUAACAAUGCCUUCUCAGCCGAUAAGGCUGGAACAGUAACAGACAUCUUGACUAGUGAGGCCUGGACCACUUUGGGCACUUCUGCUUCUUAUACAGCAUCAUCAACCACUCUGCCAACUUCUUCUGAGUCAUCAACCACUAUCCCUUCUACUGAGUCAUCAACCACUCAGACUACCCCUUCUACUGAGUCAUCAACCACUCAGACUACCCCUUCUACUGAGUCAUCAACCACUCAGACUACCCCUUCUACUGAGUCAUCAACCACUCAGACUACCCCUUCUACUGAGUCAUCAACCACUCAGACUACCCCUUCUACUGAGUCAUCAACCACUCAGACUACCCCUUCUACUGAAUCAACCACUCAGACUACCCCUUCUACUGAGUCAUCAACCACUCAGACUACCCCUUCUACUGAGUCAUCAACCACUCAGACUACCCCUUCUACUGAAUCAACCACUCAAUCAACCCCUUCUACAGAGUCAUCAACUUCUCAGACAGCCCCUUCUACUGAGUCAACCACUCAGACUACGCCUUCUACUGAGCCAUCAACCACUCAAUCAACCCCUUCUACAGAAUCAUCAUCUCAGACAACCCUUUCUACUGAGCCAUCAACCACUCAAUCAACCCCUUCUACAGAAUCAUCAACCUCUCAGACAACCGCUUCUACUGAAUCAUCAACCACAUCAAAAACAUUUUCUAUUGCUUCAUCAUCUCCACCAACCAGAGAGUUAUCAACUCCUUCUACUACAUCAUCAAUAUCAAACUCAUCUCUUGCUGCUGAUGCAUCAUCUACACAAUCCAUCAUUGUAACACAACUAGAUAUAGAGACUACCGAUGAUUAUGUCACAGAAGGCUAUGUAGAACCAAAUGAUGAACCAUUUAAUGCCCAGCAAGUGGACACUGAGCUUUACCACAACUGUUGGGCACUUGACAAUAUUGUGGUGGUCAACUCAGAUAAACCACCAAAUCUACUAAAAGAGACAUUUGAUCCUAUUGUGCUUGAGAACUGGAUAUUUUUUCCUGGAGCCCAUAUAGAGAGCCAAUGCUUUUCCAAUGGAUAUGCAUUAGUUUUUGACAACAGGAAUCAGUCCUCUACAUAUGCUUUGACUAGAGAUCUAGACCUGGAUGUGGGGCAUGUGGAGCUAGAGGCCAUUCUGUUUGUCAACUUUUCUAAAGGCUCAUCCAGUUUGAAAGUUAAUAGUGGACAAAUUGGGUUAGACUGUGGUGUGUUACAUUCUGGUAAAUAUCUGAUCUUUGAUGGGAGUAAAAAUCGUCAAGUUUGUACUGACUACUUUAGCCCAAAGGAAAUAUCAGCUGUAAGGUUUAACUUUCAGUUUGGUGGCGGUAGUUGUCAUAGCAACUCUUCUAGUCCCCAUGUUCUAAUGUACUUAGAAGAUGAGAAAGGACAAACUCAUGCGCUGAAGAUAUUAGAAUCCAAACAUUAUCAGAGCAGUCAAGUUGUGACAAGUCCAGUCUUCAAUUCAAUCACACACAAACACUACCAGGGCAAGGUGAAGUUCUGCCUACUUCAGAAAUCUCACGGUGGCCUGGGUAGAGAUGUUUGGUCUAUUGACAACCUGGCUCUACUUCCUUUGUUGCCCAAAGAGUCAUCCAGGGAUUUUAAUAAAGUCCUACAGGUGUCUGUCAACUUGAAAUGUGGAGCCAACUCUUCAGAUAAAACCAGCAUCAGCAUUGAAUACAGUACUGAUUAUGGCUACAGCUGGAAUGAUUUCUACACAUCAUGCGUGCCAUCUGCUUGUUCAGGAUAUUACCAGUCUCUGUCCUCAGUGCUUUCUGCAAAGCAGAUGUCUAGGUGGACUAGAGUCACUCUUCCCAUUCCACUGGCAGCCCUGUCUCCUCAUACAAGGUUUAGGAUAAUUUACCUGGACAGUGUUCCUACAUCCUGGGCUUUGGAUGAUGUUUUCAUUGGCACAUGUGAGAAAUGGUGUAGUGGACAUGGUCAGUGCCUAGAAACAGGAUGCAGUUGUGACUCUGGCUAUGAAGGUGAUCAAUGUGAACGGCCAGUGCAUCCAGCCUUGUCUUCCCUUCAUGAAAAUUUUGAGGAUUCCUCUGUGGUGGCAGUCUCAUCGUUGAUAAAAGUUUCUGGGGCAACAGUGGGCUAUGAGUGCAGUGUUGUUUCUUCUGGCAAGGCAUUAGUGUUUAAUAAGGCUGGACCUAGAAGUUUAACUACCUCAGAGAUAGAUACAACUGCCAUAAGCUCGUUACAGUUCACAUUGAGGAUUGGGAGUAUGUCUGUCACAUCCAGCUGUCCACCUCCUGAUGCACCAUGGGAAGACAUCAUUUUAGAAUACUCAUGUAAUGGUGCAGUUAGCUGGAAACUUCUGAAAGAGUUAUCUAACCUUGAGUUCAAACAACCAAAGUCCACCUCCAUCACUUUACCCAGUGAUGCACAGCAAAGUCUUUGUCAGUUCCGCUGGAGGCAGCCCCAGCAUUCUGGCUCUGGAAAGGAUGUCUGGGCUAUUGAUGACAUAAUAUUUUCCCCUGAAGCCAUGUCUGGCCUUCUUUCCGUUGAGAUGAUGGAUCUACCUGUCUUAGAUGAAAGGCUGAGUUCAAAUCAUGGAAAGCUGGUCGACAGUUUCUGUGGACGAAUGAGAAGUGUAGUGUUCUCAAACAAAACAAAAAAUGGUGAGAGCCGCAUACUGAUGACCAAAGAUCUGAAAGUUGGUCCUGGAUACAUUGCCCAGUUUGAUCUUGUCAUGGGCUGUGGUAUCCCCUACACCAAAGGACUGGAUAAUCUGGUUUACUUCCAGUACUCAGUUGACCAUGGAAUCUCAUGGCAUUUGGUGGAAGAUCCCUGUCUUCCGCCAAGUGUAUGUGACCUGUACAGGUCAGGGACCAUUUAUCCUUACUCACAGUUUGACAAGUGGGACACAGUGACCAUCGUUUUGUCACAAGAUAUCUGGAGUCACCAAACAAUAUUUCGCUGGAUACAGCCAGAAUGGUCAGAUACAGAUGUUUGGAGCAUAAACAGGGUGUACAUUGGCUACCCCUGUCCAGACUUGUGUAAUGGUUUUGGUUCAUGUCACAAUGGCACCUGCAGCUGUGAUGUUGGAUUCAACGGUGAAACAUGCACACCAGAAUACCAAUUGGACUCCUCCAUCCAAGCUGAUUUCGGUCACCGUUAUGAACCUCAGAAAGAUUUUACUAUCAGAGGAGGAGCUGUUGUCAAACCCGAUGAGGGCUGUGGUAUUAUAGUUGCAGGAGAGAACCUGUAUUUCUUUAAGGAUGGAGUAAGAGAAUUAGUGACUAAAGUCUUGAACACUAAAGCAGAUGACUUCAUCCAGUUUUAUAUACAAAUUGGCGGUAGCUCUGCCAACUGUAAAGGGGCUGAAAAUAGAAAUGAAUCUGUUCUCUUCAGUUACACAACCAAUGGUGGAAUAGUCUGGAAUUUGCUGAAGGAGUUGCAUCACUUGGAACAUAGGAAAUCAAAGUUUAUUCACCUGACUCUGCCUGAAGAUGCCAAGACUCCACAUACACAGUUCAAAUGGUGGCAGCCUCAUCACUCCGGAGCAGGUCAUGACCAGUGGGCUGUAGAUGAAAUACUGAUUGGUAGCUACAGGAAAUUCACAACUCUACAAGAUGACUUUAAUAGUUCACUGGAACCGAUGUUGUCAGACCAAUGGCGCAUGAUUACAGAAGGAGUAAAUGGCAAAUACUGCCGGCUAACUAACCCUUCACUUGUUUUAUCCAAUCAAGUAAAUGACAAGUUUGCUGUUACCAAUGAUGUCCAGUUACAGCCAGGGGAUGUCAUCCAGUUUGAGAUUAAUGUCGGAUGUGGAAAACAGUUUCGGGCAGAUUAUUUUGUCAUGUUUGAGUAUAGCCAUGAUCACGGCAAAUCCUGGAGUCUGGUGGAGGAGCCCUGCUACCUGGAUCAGGAUUGUGAUGGCAAGCUGACCGAAGGCAGUGUUUAUCAUACUGGAACCCAUGGCCAGUGGACAUUGAUAGUCAUACCUGUUACUGAGACCAUUGCAAUGCAUCCCGCUAUAUUCCGUUGGCUGCAGACUGGUGGUGUGGACCACAGUUUCAGCAUUGAUAAUGUGUACAUGGGGCCACCUUGUGUUGACAAUUGCCAUCGAAGAGGUGUGUGUCACAAUGGAAAGUGCCAGUGUUUAGACUCACUAGUUGAAGUGGUAGGUGAAAACUGUGCUCCAGUAAAUCCUGCUCCUUCUGGCAUGCUGGAUAGAUUUGAUAACCAAAAUAUGCCAUCCAUGGUGUACUGGGACAAAGUCCUGGGUGGAUAUCUCAGCCGAGUUUGUGGCAAAGUUGACAAUGAGAAUGCCUUGUAUUUUGGAGGGGAUGGUACCAGAGAAGCCGUCACAUUCCCUUUAAACACUACAGACAAAAAAAUUUUAGAGUUUUACAUUAAAAUUGGUGAUAGCAAGAAUACUGAAGCAUGCCACUUGCCCAGGGAGCGAAAUGAAGGUGUCAUUGUUGACUACUCCACUGACAAUGGUAUCACCUGGAAGGUUCUCAAAAUUGUGGAACCAGCCUUUGAUGAUAUUCAGCCCAACUCCAUCGUCAUCAACCUUCCUGCAGAAGCUAAAAAAGAACGAACAACAUUUAGAUUCUGGCAGCCUCUGGGAAUGGGAGAGAUGCCAAGAGCGCAGUGGGCCAUUGAUAGUGUCCUAGUUGGAGUUAAUGAAACAAGUCCACUUGGAUUUGAGGACACAUUCUCAGGCUCCAGUCUACACCCUGACCCACACAACUGGUUCCUGGCUGACUCGGCUGUUCAGAGAGAAACUUGUAACUCUCAAGACAACGCCUUAGAGUUUAAUAACAAAAAAGACAACCAGUUGGCAGAGACUUGGGACUAUCAUGUCACUACCUCUACCUUCCUUCAGUUUGACCUGGCCAUGAACUGUGGGGCCUUGCCUGGCAACCCUUACAGCAUCAGGUUGGAAUACUCUACUGACCAUGGGCAGUCUUGGACCUCUGUUGUCAAUGAGUGUCUCCCUCCUAAUUUUGAAUGCUCAGGUUACCACACCAGUUCUACUUACCCAUCCAACCAGUAUUCUAAUUGGACCAGGGUAACGGUGGCCCUGCCUGAGAAGGCAAUCUCACCCUCCACUAGAUUCAGAUGGCUGAGACCAUUGCCUGAAAAAGGUGGCGCCAUUUGGGCAAUAGAUAAUGUGUAUGUAGGUCAGAGCUGCCCAUGGCUGUGCUCUGGUCAUGGUUUCUGUCAGAAAGGUGUAUGUCACUGUGAUCCAGGCUUUGGUGGAGAGUACUGUGUGCCACAGUCACCACUCCCCAUGGUGCUAAGAGACAACUUCAACUCUGACCAAGUGGACACUUCCAUUUGGAAGGAGGUAUAUGGUGGUAGUAACAGUGACCUCUGCAGCCCAGUUGUCAGUGGACAUUCUUUCACAUUCAGCAAGGAUGGCUUGCGAAUGGCUAUGACAGUGGACAUGGACUCAUCUAUGCUUGUCUCAAUGGAGUUUACUUUCAAGUACGGGUGUGGCUCAGAGGCACCAUUCUGGCCACGGGACCAGAGUGUUUUACUUCAGUACUCAUCAAAUGGAGGGGUCACAUGGAAACUACUCAAAGAAAUUCAUUUUUCCAAUACCUCACAGCCAAAGUUUUACUCUUUGACUUUGCCUUCAGAGGCCAGACACAAUGCUACAAGAUUCAGAUUCUGGCAGGCAGCCAAUGGGAAAGAGAAGCGCUCAGUUUGGUCUGUUGACAAUUUACAUAUAGGAACAAUGAUCUCUGUUCCUAACAUUAUUGUUGACUCCUUUGAUGAGGAGCAUCCAGACCCAAUGUCUUGGAAUUUUGUCAAUGACGGAGUUGUGGAUAACUUUUGCUCUCAUCAAAGAAGUGAAGCACUUGACAACACAGCUUUGGUUUUUCGUCGUACUGGUGAAAGUGAACUGUCAGCCAUCACAAGUGACAUAGAGAUUGGUUCCAUGUCAGUAAUACAGUUUGAUAUCAACAUUGGCUGUGGUGCGGAAGCCUCUGCUAAGUAUCCAGUGCGUCUGGAAUACUCCACUGAUGGUGGUCUGUCUUGGUCUCUGGUUAGCCCCAACUGUGCUCAUGGCUCACUGUCAGGUUGCUUCGAGAGCUCACUCCCAGAGUCUGUUUAUUAUGCUGGUGACAGUCACUCUUGGAAAAGAAUCAUCAUACCCUUAAACCACCUGCAUGUUUGUGGAAAUGUGAGAUUCCGAUGGUAUCAAGGCAGGAUUCCAGACAAUGAUUUUGGCCCAGAAUGGGCAAUAGAUAAUGUUUUUAUUGGCAUGGCAUGUCCAGACCAUUGUAAUGGUCAUGGCUAUUGUUUAGGCGGCAUAUCAUGUCAAUGUGAUGAGGGGUACUCGGGAGAAACCUGUGUGCCACAUGAACCCAACCCUGUCUAUCUUAAAGACGACUUCAAUGGUGCUGACUCAUCUAGUGGAUACAAACUGAACUUUCUUCUUCCUGUUUCAACCUCAGACAUUCAGAGUACAGUCAAUGAAAACAACUGGAAGUAUUGGUCAGGUGGUGUGGUCAGCAGUCAACAUGGAUGUGGUAAAAUUUUCACUGAUGCCAGUUUCAUUCAUGCUAGAACUGGACAAAGGGCUUUAACAACAGUACCACUGGAUCUGUCUAAAGCCAGCACUAUUCAGUUCUACCUGAAACUUGGUUGCAACAAAACAGUCAGCAGAACAUCUGCCCCAGUGUUUCUGCAGUACUCCAACUCAGGGGGAAUCUACUGGACAACUAUAGAACAGUUUGACUUCAACCCCAACAGCAACCAAGCGGCAUAUAUCUCAGUACAUAUCCCAGCUGGAGCGCAGACCAAUUCAACCCAAGUCAGAUGGUGGCAGCCUUCUGCAGAUGGACAUUAUGAAGAAAACUGGGCCAUUGAUCAGGUUUUCAUUGGGGGCAAUGUUUUUGGUGAGUUGACACUGCAGGACGACCCCAACACUCCUUUGAACACAACUUGGUUAGAGCAUCCAGGAGCUAGACAUGAGCCAGUUUGUGGCUCUGAUGGAGUUGUACUACAUUUUAGAGACAAAGAGACCCAACGUUUUGCCAGCACAGCAGAUGUUAUGGUUGGAGACCAAAGUCUUCUACAGUUUGAACUGUCAAUGGGCUGUGAUGAAAAGAAAGUCAAAACUCAACAGUGUUUUGAACUCACUGCAGAAUACAGCCUUGAUAUGGGAAACACUUGGAGUCUGCUCAGAACUGCUUGUCUCCCUUCCAAUGUUGAAUGUGGAAACUUCCAGCAGGGCAGCACAUUUGUAUCAGAUACUUUGAUAGGCUGGAACAGAAUCACUCUGUCUCUUCCCAAAAACACUUGGUCAUCUCAAACAAGGUUUCGUAUACACCAGCCUCCUGGCUACAAUUUAGACCAAGACUGGGCUGUGCAACAGCUGUACAUUGGCUCAUCUUGCCCCAACAAAUGUCAAGGUCAUGGGAGAUGCAUGGAGAAUCAGUGUGUGUGUGAUGCUGAAUGGUCAGGGGAUGACUGCUCAAAGCCAAGUAGACCUCUGCCUAGUGUUUUAGUGGAAGAUUUUCUUGGCAGCUAUAAUCAGAGUAACUGGGCAAGGGUUGUUGGUGGGACGGUGGAGCAGCCUUGCAGACUUCUGUCAGCUGGUCAGGCUUUACACUUUACUGGUGCCUGUUCUCGUAUAUUGGAAACCCAGCCACUUGAUCUCUCAGGUGCAAUGUUAAUACAGUUUUACUUCCUGUAUGAUUGUGUGAGCAAGCCAAUUAGGCGUGAUCAAGGUGUUCUCUUGGAAUACUCUACAGAUGGAGGGAUUUCCUGGCAUCACAUUACUGAGAUGCAUUAUAAUCUAUUUAGAACUCCAAGGUUUAUCAGUAUGAAGAUUCCAGAAGAGGCCAAGAGAGUUGGCACACUGUUGCGAUGGUGGCAGCCACAGCAUGGGAAAUCCAAAGAUUACGAUUGGUUCAUUGACAGUAUCAGGGUGAAUGGUGAUGAAAUUAACCCCCCACAUGUUAUCAUCAACUUUACCUCAGGCUUUGAGUUCCUUGACCUCAUCACUGCCGACAACAUGGAGGUGGGAAAGUACUGUGGGAAAGAUGGCGUUGCUGUAGGCCGGUCAAAAAGCUACGAGCCCUCUGUGCUGUCCUCUAGAGAAGUCAAGCUCUCUGAGGACCAUGUCCUUCAAUUUUCUAUCAAUGUAGGUUGUGAAAAACCUUGGAAUUUCAGUAUACAACCUGUUAAUGUGGAAUAUUCCACUGACCAUGGUAUGACCUGGAUGGACCUUGUGACUCACUGUCUUGAAGAAUCCUCCUGUCUCCCUCAUUCACACCUCGCAGCCUCCCAUUAUCAUGGUGCACUCAACAGCUGGAGGAGAAUAGUUCUACCUCUUAAUGGAUUGCCUGUCUCUAAUGGAACACGAUUCAGGUGGCACCAGCUACCAGAUGGCCUUCCCAACUCCCAAGACUGGGCUUUGGCAGAUGUCUACAUAGGUCCAGCUUGUCCUGAACACUGCCAUGGCCACGGCUACUGUUUUAUGGAAAAGUGUGUUUGUGAUGAGGGAUACAGUGGCCUUGAUUGUUCUGUCACCACAGCUCAACCUGUAAAAUAUUUGAAAGACACUUUUGAAGGUGACACAAAAGUGAAUGGGACCAAAUGGCAGUGGGUACAGGAAGGAAACAUUCAGACUCCCUGUGAGAUACUUGUGGAUGGUUCAGCUCUUGUGUUUAAUGGGCCAGGCGCCAGGGAACUAGUGUCUUCCAGUCUAGACCUUAGAGAUGCCAGAUUUAUUCAGUACACAGCCUUUAUGUGGAGCAAAGUCAGCCAUCUUGACACUUGUGGUCAACCUCCAGAUCAUAAAGUACAAAGUGUGUAUUUACAGUUUUCAACUGAUGGAGGUAUUGUCUGGCAAACCUUACACACACUGUCUCCUGUACGCUACUGGCCUGCCAGAAACGACUACAUUUUACUUCCAGCCUCAGCAAGAGCAAUUAACUCUUUGAUUCGCUGGAUUCAGGCAGAGUCGCCCCCCAUGACGUCCCCACGUGUCAACUGGGCCAUUGAUGAUGUCUUCAUUGGUGGAUGGGAGAUCAACCCGAGUGAAUACCAACAAUCUUUUGAUGAAGAUGAUCAUGUUUUAGAUGACCCCUCUGCCUGGGAGUUCAGUCCAAAGGGCGCCAUUAAAGGGAAAGAAGCUGACUGCCGCCCUGAAGGUCAAAAUGGCUCGUCUAUGGUUUGGCCAGAUUCAGCUGGUGAUAGCAGUGGUGUUGUUCAAAAAUUUACCACCAAUCAGAUUAUUGUGCAACUAGGAUACAUGCUGCAGUUUAAGCUGAUUAUAGGAUGUGGUAAAUAUACUGACUUCUGUGAUGCUCCUGGCAAUGUUAUCAAGUUGGAAUAUCGACGUAAUCCCAGUUCAAAUCUGUGGGAGUCCGUUCAGCCAUCUUGCCUUCCCAGCAGUCAGAAUGACGGUUUGUGCAACCCACUCAACCACCAUCAUGCUAGUCAUUACAGUAUUUCACAGUUCCCAGUAUGGUCUAGAGUUACAAUAGCUUUACCCGAAGUCACCUUUUCUAGCUCUACACAGUUUCGUUGGAUACAAGAGGGAGGAAAGAAUGGUUCUCUGUCUUGGGCUUUGGACAAUAUCUAUAUUGGAGAUACAUGUCCAGAUCUGUGCAGUGGACGUGGGGACUGUAUUCAAGGCAUUUGUCACUGUGACCCUGGAUAUUAUGGUUCUGCCUGCCUGCCCAGGGCAUCCAGUCUGCCCACAAAAAUGUCUGACUCUUUUGAAGGAGGACUAUUUCCUUCUCGUUGGCACAAAGUCUCUGGCGGAGGGAUCGGUUUUGGUUGUGGGGCUCUCCUUCCGUAUUCCCAUGGCAAGACAUUGUACUUCAAUGGAUGUGGAGAGAGGCAAGCCAUUACAGCAGAGCUUGAUACAACCGAUGCAGUAAAAAUCAUUUUUGUUAUUCAGAUUGGCUGUACUGCUCAGACCAGUAGUUGCAAUGUCCAGUUGGGAGAUGGACCAAACUACAGAGGAAUUCUUUUACAAUACACCAAAAAUAAGGGCGCAACAUGGUUUCUGAUUGCCCAGCAUGAUGCAUCAGAUUACUUAAGACCAAAAAGGGUUGCUUACGAUAUCCCAGCAGCUGCCAAAAAUGUGGGAACACAGUUUCGAUGGUGGCAGCCAGUCCAUGAUGGUCAAGGAUUUGAUCAAUGGGCCAUUGAUCAUGUAGAAAUUAUAUCAAGCAGACGAAGUAAUAAGAGCCACAGAAGAAGGAAUUGAGUGAAAGUGUUUUCACAAGACAUUGAUGGCAUGGUGUACAACAGAUUAUUGUUUACUUUCACCCUGAGUGUUAUGGAUACAGCUCUGUUAUAGUUCUUGUUUCUGUAAUGUUUCUUGUACAUAUUGUUAUAGCUUAAAGCAAUGGAUACAAAGAGAUUGUUCUAAAAAUAUUUGUUUAUUGAACAUUUAUUUUUACUGCUUUUUAAUUCUGUAUUAAAUAAGAGUUGAGUAAAUCAGUUCUUGUUUUUUUUGCUUGUAAAUUUUUACCACUUUAAUUCUUCAUAUUUUAAAUAGUUUGUUGUUGUUUUUUGUAUGCAACAAUUGUGAUUGUACGUGUGACUUGAGUGUCAGUGAAGAGAAUUUCUUUUUGUUUUGGAUGAAAUUUAAAUCUAAAUCCACUUCUCUCCUUAAACUAAUACAGUGACAAUGUAUUUUUCUUAUGUAUUGUUAUCCAAUAAAAUAGUUUUUACAAAUGUUUAAUCAUCACAUACAGACAUAGCUUGUACCAGUACUCUUAAAAAUGUAUCAAAAGAAGUGAUUUAAGUUUAAUAAAUCUGUAAAGUAAUUUUGACAAAUUUAUUAUUACAAAUGUUUGAAUUGAAUUUAUCACCUCUUGAGCACAGCAAACAAUUGUAUCUUUUUUUCUUUUUUCAUUUGUUCACUUCUACAUCCUUCUGAACAUUGAACAUUUUGAAUGAAAUCGGCAGAUUUGUAAAUCUAGUAGUCCAUAUUUCAAUAUGCUUUAAAACAGACUGCAUAUUUUGACUAAAUAAUAUUACAUUUCUAAAUUAGUAUUUAAAUACCAAGAAUAAACCAUCUUUUUCCUUUUAA